AUGGGAUCACCUACGACCACCGAAGAGGCUGAUACAAAGAGCCUCAUUAAAUCCUCUUCCUCCGUCUCCAACUCCUUCCGCCUCCGUUCUCCCUCCCUCAACUCCGUACGCCUCCGCCGUAUCUUCGAUUUAUUUGAUACAGAUCACGACUCCUUCAUCUCCGUUGACGAACUCAACCGCGCUUUGGUAGUCGUCGGCCUUGAAACCAACGUCUCGGAACUCGAUUCUGUCAUUAAAUCCUACAUUCAGCCCGGCAACGAAGGUCUCACCUUCGACGACUUCCAGGCGUUGCACAAGUCCCUUGGCGACCUCUUCUUUGAGGACGGUGGUGGUGGAGAGGAGGAGGAUGCCGGAAACGAGGAUCGUAGCAAGCAGGAAGAGACAGAUCUGACGGAGGCAUUCAAAGUGUUUGAUGAGGACGGAGAUGGAUUCAUAUCGGCCAAGGAGUUGCAGGUGGUUCUGGAAAAACUAGGGUUUGCGGAGGCGAGUGAGAUGGGGAGGGUGGAGAUGAUGAUAUCGUCGGUUGAUCGGAAUGCUGAUGGAGUGGUCGACUUCUCGGAAUUUAAGGACAUGAUGAAGAAUAUGUCCCUUAAAUAG